CUAGAGUACAGGAAUAGUUACUUAUUAGGUGCGUUCCGCGUUCAUUGUGUAGUUUGACCAAAAAGAAAACAAUGCAUGUACCUUGAAAUACAGCAUGAGUCUUGGGGAAAUUACUGCCUCGGGCAUCGGAGUGCAACUGUAUCUUUCAUCAAGUCGUUCCAUGGCCGGUGCAUCCAGUGAAUCAUGAUGGUUAAACGCUCCAUCACGACCACAACAAGCCGAAUUAUAUCGCGACGAUUCCCAGUAUUUACACUGCUACCUUGUCGGGUCAUUCAUAAGAGCUAAGAAGGCGCGUGCUACGUUUUUGGAACAGAUUUUUUGACUUCUAGAUGGAGUAUUCGACUGAUGAUAUCGCAGCAGCGAAGAGCUUGCAGUUUGCUACGUACAUACACACGUCGAUGGCUACAUUUUGGAUUUAUGAUUAUAUAUCUUCACUAAAAGAAGAGUGGACAUUUUUGCGUCGAUCGCACUGGAACAAGAUGAAAGUCCUGUAUAUCGUUACACGAUACCUCCCUUUUAUCCUUCUCGCCACGGAUCUAUAUAUGAGCUUCAUCUCGAAUGGGAACACAGUUGGAUGUCAGGCAUUGGGCGAUAUUAGCUUAGGAAUCGGCAUGCUAAUAGUCAUUUGCUCCGAGUGUUUCUUCAUCCUCAGGACAUAUGUGCUCUGGAACCAAAAUAGAAUUUUGCUUGCAGCCAUGGGGUCCACUUUUUUUUCUUUUCUCGUAGCAUCCUUCAGCAUUGCUUUCACCACUACUGUCCCUGCAGCACGUACGUGCUUUCAUCUUCCCUCUGGUAUUCCACAAUUUCUGAAGCAUUCUGUUCACUUUCAUAGAUGCGACCAGCGCGAUCCCGGGAAUCACAGGGUGCUACCGGAGUUCGACCGGUCACCAGCUCUUCAUUCCAUUUCUUUUCCUUUCCGUUUUCGAACUGGGACUCAUGAUACUUACCCUCAUAUGCGCCAUACAGAGCUGGUGGAGAAACGAAAGCCGUCUGUUCGUUGUCCUAGUGAACCAUAAUGUAUCCUAUUAUGCAUGCGGUUUUCUAUUCUCAGUGACGAACAUAUUCACAAUGCUGUUCCUUCAGGUGCUUGAAUCUUUCAUAUGUUUCAUAUUUAUGAUCUGG